AUGGAAUUUUCCAAUUUUGAGGGAGCGUCGCAAUACGGUCCCCAAGACGAUGAUUUGACCUCAUUAUACUCAGCUGUACCUAAUUCAGUCAUCAAUGGAAUUCCACCUUCGACCAUAAAUGGUGAAGAUAAUGAUAACCUAACGAAUCAAUUAAGUGAAUUGGGCAUUGGAUCAGUAGGAGGAGCAGGAGUAGGCCAUGAUGGAAGAGGUUAUAAUAACGAAGAUGAAUAUGAGGAAAGAGAGAUGUUAGGUGUAGGUGUAGAACAUGCUUGCUCAUAUUGUGGAAUACAUAAUCCUCAAUGUGUAGUCAAGUGUUUGCACUGUAGUAAAUGGUUCUGUAAUUCUAGAGGAAAUACAUCAGCUUCACAUAUCGUCAAUCAUCUUGUUAAAGCAAAACAUAAAGAAGUAGUAUUACACAAAGAAAGUGCUCUAGGUGACACUGUACCUGAAUGCUAUAAUUGCGGUAGUAAAAAUGUUUUCAUGUUGGGAUUCAUCCCUGCUAAGAGCGAUACCGUAGUAGUAUUACUCUGUCGUCAACCAUGUGCAGCCCUGACUAAUUCAAGAGAUAUCAAUUGGGAUACAUCACAAUGGUCAGCUAUUAUAGACGAUCGACAAUUCCUCUCAUGGCUGGUCAAGAUCCCGUCUGAAGCUGAACAGCUUCGAGCAAGGCAAAUUUCUCUAGCUCAAAUAUCAAAAUUGGAGGAAUUGUGGAGAGAUAAUCCGGAGGCUAGAUUAGAGGAUGCAGAAGCUCAAUCCGGUGAAGAAGAAAUGCAACCUAUCUUAUUAAGAUACGAAGACGCAUAUCAAUACCAGAAUAUCUUCGGACCUUUGGUGAAAAUCGAAGCGGAUUAUGAUAAGCGAAUGAAAGAAUCACAAACAGAAAAUGAUAUCACCAUAAGAUGGGAUAUGGGUUUGAAUCAAAAACGACUCGCAUGGUUCUGUAUGCCCAAAUUGGAAUCUGGAGAAGUCAGAUUGGCAGUCGGGGAUGAGUUGAGAUUGAAAUUCGUUGGAAUCACUGGUGGAAGCACUGGUAUCAAAGGAAUGUCAGCUUUCAAUAAAGGUUGGGGUGGUGGCGAGAGCUGGGAAGGCAUUGGGAGUGUCAUCAAGAUCCCCAACAAUGUGUCCGAUGAGAUCUGCUUGGAAUUACGACGAAACGAUGGCGUACCUGCCGAUUGUACUCACGGCUUCUCAGUCGACUUUGUCUGGAAAGCUACCAGUUUCGAUAGGAUGCAAGCGGCAAUGAAAACAUUCGCUAUCGACGAGAAGAGUGUUAGCGGCUACAUUUAUCACAAAUUGUUAGGUCACGAGCUAGAACCUCAAGUAUUACGAACCCAGAUGCCUAAGCGAUUCUCAGCACCCAAUCUUCCGGAACUGAACCACUCUCAAAUGGCUGCAGUCAAAGCUGUACUACAGAAACCACUCAGUUUGAUCCAAGGACCUCCUGGUACAGGUAAAACUGUCACUUCCGCAUCUAUCGUUUACCAUUUAGCCAAGAUGAAUCCUGGUCAAGUCCUCGUUUGUGCUCCAUCAAACGUAGCAGUUGAUCAUUUAUGCGAAAAGAUCCAUCAAACAGGUCUCAAAGUAGUACGAGUGGCUGCCAAGUCUCGAGAAGCUCUAGACUCAAACGUCGCAUUCCUCUCCCUUCAUAGUCAAGUUGCAAAUGCGGAUACUCACCCUGAGCUCCAAAAGCUCAUUCAGCUCAGAAACGAUCAAGGUGAAUUGAGUCAGAGUGAUGAAAGGAAAUAUAAGAGCUUGGUGAGAGCUUGUGAAAAAGAUGUUUUGAAUGCUGCAGAUGUUAUCUGCACCACUUGUGUCGGUGCUGGUGAUCCUAGAUUGGCGAAAUUCAAGUUUAGAACUGUAUUGAUUGAUGAAGCCACACAAUCAGCUGAACCAGAAUGUAUGAUUCCCCUUGUCAUGGGUUGUAAACAAGCCGUGCUUGUAGGAGAUCAUCAACAAUUGGGUCCCGUCAUCAUGAACAAGAAAGCUGCUCGAGCAGGAUUAUCGCAGUCGUUGUUCGAAAGAUUGGUCAUCCUAGGUAACCGACCGAUCCGACUUCAAGUUCAAUAUCGAAUGCACCCUUGUUUAUCCGAAUUCCCUUCCAACAUGUUCUAUGAAGGUACCUUACAAAAUGGUGUUACUGCACCCGAAAGAUUAAGGAAGAAUGUCGAUUUCCCCUGGCCAGUAAGCGAUACGCCAAUGUUCUUCCAUCAGAAUUUAGGAACAGAAGAAAUAUCUUCAAGUGGAACCUCAUUCUUGAAUAGAACAGAAGCGAGUAACGUUGAAAAAAUGGUUACCAAAUUUUUCAAAUCAGGUGUUUUACCUUCACAAAUCGGUGUAAUCACGCCAUAUGAAGGCCAGAGAUCAUACGUCGCAUCAUACAUGCAAUUGCAUGGUAGUUUAAAGAAAGAUCUAUACAAAGAAGUUGAAGUGGCAAGUGUAGAUGCUUUCCAAGGUAGAGAAAAAGAUUAUAUCAUCUUAAGUUGCGUUAGAAGUAAUGAACAUCAAGGUAUUGGUUUCUUGAAUGAUCCUAGAAGAUUGAAUGUCGCUUUGACUAGAGCGAAAUACGGUGUUGUGAUUCUAGGUAAUCCAAAAGUCCUGAGCAAGCACCCGUUGUGGCUUUACCUCCUUACGCAUUUCAAAGAGAAAUCAUGUUUCGUUGAAGGUCCUUUGGGUAAUUUACAACCCAGUAUGAUCCAGUUCUCAAGACCUAAGAAAUCAUUGGCAGCAGCUAUGGAUCCAUUCAAGAGACGCGAGAGUCCUGCAGGAGAAUACAUGGACAAGAAUGUCGGCAGAGUUCCAGGUCCAGCAGCAGGAAGGUUUGAUCCAUCAUACUAUCGUACACAUAACACAUUAUCAUUCGUUCCAUCUGAUGCACAAUCAGUGAUUUCACAAGCGAUAACCAAUUCUGCUUUCCCCCUAUUCCCAUCUGGAGUCAAGAAUAAAUCGUAUACUGGAUACGCUUCAUCAGUCAUAUCACAACAACCUACGAAUGACACAAUUGGACUGGCUCCUCCUUCUUCCUCAGCUGGUGUAAAACCUAAUAACGGAAUAGGUGGAAUCGGUUAUUCGCAAUUCGAUAGAAUAGGUGAAUUAAACGGACAUGCAAGUGGAGGAUUGAAUCUUAAUGGAGCAGGUAAAUUAGGAAGACGAAGUAGUUUUGGAAGUGAAGCUGCUUCUGCAUCAAUGUAUGCUUACGGAUAUAAAGGUGGUGAUAACGAUGAAGAUGGAAUGAGUGUCGCUCCUUCUCAAGCUGGGAUGACAGAAUUCUAG